CAAAUGGAUAUAAAGGAAACAUUUAUAAAUUCUUGCAAGCCAUUUAAUCUUCGAAACUAAAAUUUCAGAAUGCGCUUAUAAGACUAUUCAUAAAUAAAUUUAUUAAAAUUUGUUUAUCUGCGUUUAAAUGGCUCAUCUUUUUGCCAAACGGCUGGUAAAUAAAUUAUAUUCACGACCAUAUCUAAUAAUUACCAACACCGUUACCGGCGUUAUUUCAAUUUCGAUUGGAGAUGUUUUGCAACAGAAUCUUGAACAUUAUUGGUCUCAUCAUCAAAAACAACAAGAUGCAAACCCCAGUGAUCGGCCGUUUGAAUGGAAUCUUACCAGAACAAGAAACAUGAUGGUUGCAGGAAUAUAUUUCAGCCUAUUCGGUCAUUGGUGGUAUUCGUAUUUAGAUCGUAAAUUUCCUCCACAUGUCAAAAGUUCUGUCGGUAAAAAACUGAUAGCCGAAUCAGCUAUGGGCCCUUUACUUGUAUCAUCCGUUUUUCUCAUAUUUGGCCAGAUUAAUGAGCAAAAAUUCGAUACAACAUUGCAGCGGAUACGUCAAAAUCUCGGUUUAAUUUGUACAGCUGAAUGGCUAGUGUUCAUUCCGAUACAAUGGAUAAAUUUUGCAUUUGUACCUGCUGCAUAUCGAUAUCUUUACGUUGCCACCAUAUCCAUUGGUUACGAUGCUUUUCUUUCUUAUAUUUUCCAUAGGUUCGAGAAAUGAUUUUCUUUUCAACCAAUUGAAGGUUUUGAAAUCUUUAUUGUUGAACGUUUAUAUCAUUAUUUAAUUAGAUGUUAUUAAAAUUUAUAAAUAAAAAAUGAUUAAACUUUAUGAUUU